AGGAGUCGUAUGUAGAAGGAAACUUGGUAGAGCCUGAGAGUGCAGUUUUUGGGUUUUAUACUUUCAGUCUGUGCCCAAAAUUUUCCCCCGUUUUCUGUGCGCUUAAGAAGCGUAGUGAAGCCCUGACACAUCACACAGAGCCUGGUGAGUGCGUAUUUGUUCGUGUAUAUGCGUCGGUUUGAGGUUUUCUCAAUAACGAAAGUAAACUGAAGAGGAAGGCCGGGAAGCCAUGGCUGACAGUAUGGAUGAGGACAUGCCGGAGGAGCUUUUACCUCUCCCUCUCCAGCAGGACCUGUCCUGCCCGGUGUGUCAGGGCAUCUUCAGGGAUCCCGUCCUGCUGCCCUGCACCCACAGCUUCUGUCGGGAGUGUCUGCAGAAAAGUUUACAGGUCAGCGGGAAGUGCCCGGUGUGCAGGAAGCAGUAUGAAGAAGGGCAUGCCAUCACCAACCGCGCGCUCAGCAGCGCCAGCGAGACCUUCCUCAAACAGACGAACUGGCUUCAGAGCCAGAAACGUCCCAGCGAGGACCACUGUCACAUGCACCUGAAGCCGCUGGAGCUGUACUGUGAGAAGGACGAGCAGCCUGUGUGUGUGGACUGUGUCACUCUGCACAGCACGCACAGGCUGUGGCCAAUGAGAGAUGGAGCACCGAUUUGUAGGAGGGAGCUUGACUUCAAAGUCGGGAUUUUGGAAAAGAAAGUGGAAUCAUACAAGAAAAUGACACGUAAACUCAGCAGCUCAGUGGAAUACAUCAAGUGUCAAGCUGGGCAGGCAGAGAAACAAAUCAAGGCAGAGUUUGAGAGGCUCCACCAAGCACUUGUCACGGAAGAACAGAUGCGUCUAGCAGCCCUGGUUAGUGAGGAGGAGCAGAAGACUGCUGCCAUAAAGGAGCUGGUCGAUAAAACAAACAAGGACAUACUGGCUCUGAACGAGCUCAUCCAAACUCUGAAGAGGGAGAUGGGCGAUGAGGAUCUAGCCGUUGUGCGGAAUUUCCAGAAUCUAAAAAGAAAAGCCCAGUGGCCUCAUGAGGACCCUUGCUUCUCUGAUGGCUGUCUUUUGAACAUGGGCAAGCAUGUUGGUGCUUUGAGCUUCAAAAUCUGGAAGAAUAUGCAGGCCCAUGUCAAAUACUAUCCAGUGGUGCUGGACCCAAACACAGCCUCUCCAUGGCUGUCCUUGAGUCCCGACCUGACCAGUAUGAAGGAAAGUCCAGAGCGGCUGAGCACCCCUGAUAACCAGGAGCGCUUUGAUCCCUGUGUAUUUGUCCUGGGUGCUGAAGGUUACACCUCUGGGAAACACAGAUGGGAUGUCAUUGUUGGUGACAGCCCCAAGUGGAUUGUGGGGGUAUGCAGAGAGUCAGUGGCCCGCAAAAAGAAGUUCACAGUCUCUACCAACCGAGGCGUGUGGUCAAUAGGACUCAGCAAAGGGGUGUACACUGUCCUAACACAUGAGCGCACGGAGCUGCAGGUGCAGGAGCGUCCUGAAAGGAUUCGCAUCAAGCUAAACAUAGAUAAGGGAGAGGUGUCAUUUUGGGAUGGGGGAACAGCAAAGCACCUGAUCACUUUAACACACCAGUUUGCAGAGAAGAUAUUUCCUAUUUUUGGCCCUGGGCUCCACAGUACACCUAUGACCCUGGUGGAAGGAAAAAUGGCUGUGCACACAUCAUGAUGGGCAAGGAUAUUGCAGAUGGGUUGUUGACCUAAACCUAUGGAGUAGAAAGUAAGAAUAAUCGCCUUUUUCAAAUAAAAAGCUUUUAAAAGCUUAACAAAGUAAACACUUCAACAAUCAAACAGACGAAUUACAAGUCUAAUUAGAAUGUCAAAUAAAAGAUUAAAAUCUACCAGUGAGAAGAGCUAAAACAUAAUAAAACUGGGAAAGACAGUCAAUAUAGAUAAACAUGUUAAAUGGGCUGUGGAAUAUACUAAGAGGGGAAUAAUAAAAGCAUAGAACAGUAGACAGUCCACUGACUAAAAGCAUCACAAAAAUACAUUUUAAGAAAAGAUGAGCGAUGGUGCUGAUUUUAAGAUUUGACAUUAGGGACUACAUGUCAUAACAGUAUGUCUGAAAUGUAAUUUACAUUAUACCAUGUAAAAACACAGACAACAGGAGAAGAAAAGCUAGGAUAGGUAAAACCUCUGAGGUUUUUGAAAGCCUUGCAGUCGCAUGAAUCCACAGAGGUUAGAGGUGAGAAAUUUGAAAAUUGUGUCGCUUUACUACAGGGCAGACCAGAAAAAAAAAACUGAUACCGAAAUAACUGGCAGUGUGGCAAACACUGGUGAUCAGUACUCAUGAAAAUUGGGGGUAAAUUAAACAUUCUCUCUUUGACUUUGCAUACAUUUUAAGAGAUUUUAAUUCAAUCAAGAUUCAGAACAAGGGACUGUCUUUGUGCUUAAGAAUACGUGCUUUAAUUCCUUUGAUACUUUUAUAUGCUUUUGCUGAUUAUCAUCAAGUAAUGUAAUAAUCUGUGCUGGUGUGUUGGUUUGACUAUCAUUGUAUUAGGUUGCUGUUCACUUACCGCAGAGUGUGGCCGGAAAUUAAUCAUACUUAGGUGGGCACAGUCUGGGAAAUACUUGGCAGGAUGAUAUGCUACUAUACCUGCUCUGACUCUGUACUUGCAGAAAACUAAGUUUGCUGCUUCCAUAUGAACACUAGUUCAAUAUAAUGUUAAGAUCAGAUGUGUUUCAUUUAAUUAAUUAGAUCCACACUAAAGUAUUCCUGGAUAAAUAUAAUAAAAGGAAAUGCUGCACUUUG